AGACCGAAGGAAAAGGGAGAGAGAGAGAGAGAGAGAGAGAAAGAGAUAUGAGUCUCCACAUGGCCAUUGGCGUCAGGCCCAAAAUGGCCGCCUGCCUACUCCUGGGCCUGGCGCUUUGGGGGGCGCCCGGUCCCUGGGUACGCGCUCACCGCCGGGAGUUCUGGAGCUUCUCGCCUUCCGACACGACCCUGGCCCACCUCGCCGUCCACCGGGAGACGGGAGCCGUCUACCUGGGGGCCGUCAACUUCAUUUACAAGAUGGCCGCCAACCUGACCGAGCUGAGGCGCCACGUGACCGGGCCAGUGGAUGACAACACCAGCUGCUACCCACCCCCCAGCGUCCGGGCCUGCUCCCAGGGCCUGUCGCCGGCCCCCAACGUCAACAAGCUGCUGCUGCUCGACUACCAGGGGCGCCGCCUCCUGGCCUGCGGCAGCGUCUGGCAGGGUGUGUGCCAACUGCUGCGCCUCUCGGACCUCUUCAAGCUGGCCGAGCCGCACCACCGCAAGGAGCACUACCUGUCCGGCGUGCCGGAGGCCGGGGCCACCGCCGGGGUGGCCGUGCCUAGGCCCGAGGGCGCCAGCCACCUCUUCAUCGGGACGUCCAUCGACGGGAAGUCCGAAUACUUCCCAACCCUGUCCAGCCGGGUCCUGACCUCCGACCCCGAGGACUCCCGCAUGUUCGGCCUAGUCUACCAGGACGAGUUUGUGUCCUCGCAGUUGAAAAUCCCCUCGGACACUCUCUCCCGCUUCCCGGCCUUCGACAUCUACUACGUCCACGCCUUCGCCAGCGAGAGGUUCGUCUACUUUGUGACCCUCCAGCUGGACACGGAGCUGAGCGCGCCCGAGGCGGCCGGGGGCGAGCGCUUCUACACCUCGAAGAUCGUCCGCCUCUGCGCCGACGACGCCAAGUUCUACUCCUACGUGGAGUUCCCCCUGGCCUGCUCCCGGGAGGGCGAUUUAAGGCGCAUGGAGCCUCUGGCUUCUUCCCAGAAACAGGGCCGGGUUAACGGCUGGCGUUUGGGCGGCGGGAGUGCGCAGGCGCGGUUAGCGUUGCGACGGAGUUGA